UAGAGGAAGAAGAAGAAGCUAGAGUCCAUGAAAGAAACCAACGUGAGUUUGAAACUUAUGAUAGACAGAGAGAGCCAACGAGUGCUUUUUGCUGAAGCGGGCAAGGAAUUCAUCGAUUUCCUCUUUCAAAUUCUGGCCCUACCCGUCGGAACUUUCAUUCCGCUUUUCGAAAAGCAAGGAAUGCAGGGCAGUUUCGGGAAUAUUUUCGAGAGCAUUGAAAAUUUAGGUAGUAUUUACCUUCAACCAAGUGUGAACAAAGAGAUUCUCCUGAAGCCCAAAGUCCACAUCUCUGGUGGUGGUGGUUCUGGGCUUUCUCCCCUAUUGCAAAAGGUUGAAUCAUCACCACCGUCAUCAUCUUCGAGAUCCACGAAAUUCUAUAGGUGUAAAAAUGUCGGCAGUAGCUGUGACCCAUAUGUAGCUUAUGACAUUAGAGCAAUCUGUCCCUCGUGUUCCCAGGUUAUGAACUGCGAGCAAAAUAUGGUAGACCCACCAAGUCCAAGCGCAACGAAAACGAGUUCCUCAUGUACUGAGGGAGGGUACGUGAAAGGGCUGGUUACAUAUUUGGUGAUGGAUGAUCUAGAGGUGAAACUUAUGUCCACCAUGUCUAGUAUCACUCUGCUAAUUAACAAGUUUAAUGUCAAGGGAAUAAGGGCUCUUGAGGAGAAGGUGGUCAAUUUUGGCAUGGAUGAGGGGGUAAAAUUGCUCAAGGCUUCUUUGUAUUCCAAGAGUGUUUUAACUGAUGUCUUCCUCCCGAUGGUGAAACAAGAAGUCAAUUAUGAGAAUUGAGUGCAAGAGUUCAAUGCCAUUGCUAAGAUGUUCUUUUUCUUUUUUCUUUUUUUUUCUUUUUUUAUUUUUUAUUUUUUAUUUUUUUUUGGGUUGCAAAUUAGGUUUUAAACGUUAGUCGUAAAGGCUAGUAUUCUUGUUCUUCUCUCUCUCUUUACUGGAAGCUUAGUUUUAAGCAGCAUUAUGUUUCAUUAAAAAAAAAAUUUGUAAGUUUCUGUUAAUUAUUAUUGAGAUUGCUUGCUAUCACUGAAUUAUGAUGACCUUAAUAAUGA